CAGAACCACUCCCACCGCGAAUCAUGACCGUUAUGAAUUCUCGUCGCGAUCCUCAUAACUGACAGCAUAUUAUGGUUGCUGUUGAGAGUUCUCGUGGGGGAUAUUCGUAUAUUCGUCGCCUGCACUGGACCGCAAUGCAAGCGCCACGGUUGAAACUGCCGACGCUCCAUCAUAGGCAAUAUCUACCCUAACACCGCAGAUCCCUGAAUACAACGAUAAAGAACAAUUGCUUUUAUAUCAUUCUCCCUCCGAACAAGAAAAAAGAACCAGGAUCAUUUUCGUACUCUCAUAUAAAAUGUCAGUUGUUGUAGACGUGGCCCCAUUUAUUGAGUUGCGUGUUACACUUGGGAUGCCUGCCAGUCGCCGACGUCGCGGAAGUGGAAGCGCAAGAAGCUCUAACCGCGUCGUGUCGCCACAGCUACCCAAAGGUAUGUAUUUAGAUGCUGCCAGCUCAUCGGUGACUGGAUCGAAGUCGACGUCAAGAAGCGCAUUGCCAAGAGGGCGACGCACCGACGCAAACAUGGGUUCUUUGGCGGAUCAUGGUUCUCUUCUGCAGGGUACCAGCUGCGCCACAUAUCGGGGUGUCGGCCACCUCGAGGACUGCGAUAUAUAUUAUCCGUACUUCGAAUCUGAGGCUGAAGCGCUUCUUGGCUCUGACACGAAAGCUGGUAGAGCGGCCGCUCUGUCAUUAAUGGAUCCUUUGCUUCCUUCGGGCCAUUAUAUUUCUCAGCAAUUUUCUGCGUCCGUCAAUCCUGGAGUUGAUGCGGACUUUGCAGGAUAUUCAAAUACUGAAUCCCAUGAAACAGCUUAUAUAUCCGCCACUCAAAGACGUUUGGAACAGGAGACGAGAAUGAUGCUGCUUGCGUUGGCGUUUCCUUCAACAUCAAGUUGUAACGAUGUCGACUGGUCUGAAGUUGAGAGUAACAGUAGUUCGUUUGGAGAAAUUACUGAAUAUCCUAAACCUAUUGUUGAUCUUCCGGCGUGGUUGCAUGACCCCCCAAAGAUGCGCAUAUACAAAUGCUCACAUCCGGGUUGCGAUUUUGAAAGUAGAAGUGACAAGGGACUGUCUACAAGCAUCUUUCCUUGUCCCAAAUGCGGUGCAGUUUUCUGCAGAAGUAAAGCGCUUAAUGGACACAUAAAAGUGCACGGUAUUCCGAACAAUAAACGUAGACAGAGGAUCCAAAAGCAUACCUGCGUUCACUGCGACAAGAAAUUUGUACAUAAACGGAGCUUGGAGGUGCACGAGGCCAAGAAACAUGCAUAUUCGCAUAUCUUUACCCAAAGUAUGAGCACGUACUAGACUCCAGCUCCCCUACCCUCUUAUCGGUGUAACGAAUCCUCAUGCAUCGUGGUAACGUGAUCGUGAUUGUCUACGAAAAAGGCAAGUGGCCGGGAUUCGGCAUUCAAAUAGAGCGUGAUCGACUGUUCGUCUCUUAACUAUCAACCACCACCUCAUCUAUCCUGCC